AUGCCACGUGGUGAAGAAGAUGUCCAAUACAACUGGAUUAAUGGUGCAGAGUCGCUUGAAAAAUACAAGCCGGGGGGAUAUCAUCCUAUCAUGAUUGGGGAUUUGCUAAAUGAGAGAUACUGCAUUGUGGACAAGCUUGCAAACUGGCAUUCACAUGAGAUGAAGGUUCUCCAAGCUCUCUCUGCGCCACGGCCAUUGUCUUUGUCCGCCCAUCCGGGCCGCCAUUCAAUACCAUUACCCCUAGAUGAAUUUGAGCUACAAGGCCCCAAUGGGACCCAUCCAUGCUAUACAAUGACUCCAGCAAGAUGCAAUCUUAGAGAAGUCUCUUUCAGCCGCCUAUUUCCUCUCGAAGUUGCACGGGUCCUGUCGGCCUGCCUCACACUGGGUAUUGCAUAUAUGCAUUCACAAGGCUACGUUCAUGGAGGUUUGUCUUAUGAUAAUCUGCGAUUCUUUGUUACCGGAACCUCUCCCAGCUGA